ACGACGAAUCCACCAGUCAUUUCAUAUAAAAGGAUCUCUGAUGAGCCAUUGAUUAUAGCUACUUUAUCAUUCCUUCUCUCUUGUCAUCUCUGCUCUUUUCUUUCUUUACUUUCUUAGCAGCUUGGGGAGCUUUUUUUAUUCUUUUUUAUUAUUUUUUCCUUACCUUUCCGUUCUGUCAUGGUUGAAUCCAUGAGCCAUCCUCCUGUCGGACCGUCGACCCAUAUUCAUCAUACAGUAGAUUUCGAUGCGGCCGAUGAACAUUCUUAUUUAUUAGGCCAUUCACCAGGCACACCCCAACGCUCGAUCUGGGACAUGUUGAAAACCAGUCAAGCUGUUAAAUUAUUACCCUCUGUAUUUCUCGGUGUGGUCAUUUGGUUUGGUAUCACACCGACCGAUGAGCUUUCAGUGACCGCCAUCCAUCUUUUAGCUGUAUUCGUCAGUUGUAUUUUUGCCUUGAUUACCACCUCGGUCGAUAUUUCACUUCUCGUUCUAACGGCGCUGACGCUUCUAUCGGUCACUCAUUCUUUUCAAUGUAUCGAUCAUGCUACUGGCCAAGGGACCGAAUGUCGACUGUGCGGCGAACCAAACCCCUUGACAGGAGAAAUGUAUGAUUGCAAGGGCGGAAAAGAGGCGUUUCUUCACUCGCUCGAAGGAUUUAGCAGUUCGGUGGUGUGGCUCAUCUUUGCCGCCUUCCAUCUCGGGAAAGCCGUCGAAGUGACUCAACUCGGACGUCGAUUAUCAUUGUUAAUGAUCCGCCAUUUCGGUCGUCGUAUCAUGGGGUUAGCCUACGCUAUUGUUUUGUCCGAAUUACUGUUGGCCCCGUUUGUCCCCAGCAAUACCGCGCGGGGUGGCGGCAUUGUGCUUCCGGUCGUCUUAUCCAUUGCACGUAGUCUGGGGUCCACUCCGUCACAAGAUCCUCUGGUGGGUGGAUUCCUCAUGCUGGUAGGCGCCCAUACCAACUUCCUUUCGGCUUCUAUGUACUUGACAGGCAUGGCACCUAAUCCGAUCGUGGUCGCCAAAGCCAACCAGUUAUUUCCGGAUCUGAACUUUUCGUUUGUCACCUGGAUUCAAGGCAGUAUUGUCCCCGCCCUGUUCUGUGCGUUGUGUAUCCCUUUCAUCCUCCAAUACGCUUGCGGUUUGUCCAAGACUACACCUCAAUCAAGAGCUUCAAGUGAUAAUGUUAUCAAACACGCCGAAGCUCAACUGGCGCGCAUGGGACCCAUGUCACUUCGCGAAUGGCAAUUAUGUGCAGUAUUAUUUAUGUGCCUUGGAUUGUGGAUUACAGCCAGUUAUACCAAACUGGACUCGACGCUCGUGGCAUUGAUUGGCCUGGUCGCCUUAUUGCAUAUGGGCACCAUUACGUGGAAAGAUAUUUCCAAUAAUACCCACGCUUGGGAUACGCUUUUCUGGUUAGGUGGAUUUGUUACGAUUGCUCAACAAUUAUCUGAAGCCGGGGCUUCGUCGUUCCUCGGUCAAAAAAUCUCACAAACCAUCAAUGACCUCGGCUUACCGCCUGUACCGUGCUUGGCAUUGGCUUACUUCUUGACUACAUUUAUGUUCUCCUCCCUCAGUGCGCACACCGUCGCUUUUGUCGGCACCUUUUUGGAUGCAGGUCAUGCAUUGGGUGCACAGCCCAUGGUUCUCACGGCGCUUCUCGCCUAUUUUGGCGCUCUUGGUGGUUGCAUGACUAAUUUUUCCACUGGAACGGCGGCUAUGUACUAUGCGCCCGGCUACAUUAGUCGGUCCAAAUGGUUCAUCAUCGGAGCGCAAAUGGCCGUUUUCUACUUGACGGUGUAUUUUACUUUGGGCAUGGGCUGGUGGAAGUUACUAGGAUGGUAUUAGUAGCUACCGCAUCGUUGGGUCCUCAUUCAUUUAUCACAGCAACAUAUUCCCCCAUCAUCACCUUUCGUCAGCUAAUGUUUUAUACUGGCGCAAGUGUUAUUUCACUCUAAACUGCUUAUUUGCUUUUUUAUCUCUCAUGAGGAAACUUUUAAUAAAACCGAGCCACGAGUCUCGUUAAGAGCAUUGAGAAAAAAACGGAUUCCGCCAUGCCUUGCCUGCUUGGGUUGCAAUCUUUGAAUCAUCUUUGGUUGCUUCUUUUUUGCCAUUCGUUGUUUUUAAUCCCUCAAAUAAGCAGCAUCCUAAAU